UGUGCCAUUCGGCCUUGUUACCAACAUCGCACCCAUCUGCUCGCGCUCUCUUUCUCUCUCUCUCUCCCUCCCUCCAUCAGCAAAAGACAAUCUCUUGCGGUCAAAUUUCUGCAUUGAUUCUCCAUUUUCCAGACUCAUACGCAGGCAACAAGUAUUCUUCUCUGACAAAGCCCUGAACGAAAUUAUGUUUCCAUUUUUCCGAACAAUAUCUCUCUGGUCAAUGGCGGUGGUGUUUCUGUUGCGCUCGGCGGCGGGCGAGUGGGAAACGUGCUCGUGGAUAGUUCCGAUGAGUUACCGGAAUGAUAAGAUAUCGAUAAAGGACUUUGGAGGCGUGGGGGAUGGGCGCACCUUGAAUACCAAUGCUUUCAGGGAAGCGAUUUAUCGAAUAGAGCAUUUGAGGAGGAGAGGUGGCACUCUUCUUUACAUUCCUCCUGGGGUGUAUUUAACUGGACCUUUUAAUCUCACCAGUCACAUGACUCUGUAUUUGGCCAGGGGUGCUGUUAUCAAAGCCACUAAGGAUACGAGGCACUGGCCCCUAAUUCCUCCGUUGCCUUCAUAUGGAAGAGGAAGAGAGCGACUAGGUGGAAGGCAUAUGAGCUUUAUUCAUGGAAAUGGGCUUCGAGAUGUGAUUAUCACAGGUGAGAAUGGUACAAUCGAUGGCCAAGGUGAUAUCUGGUGGAACAUGUGGAGGCAAAGAACUCUUCAAUUCACGCGCCCAAGUCUCGUUGAAUUCUUGAACUCCAGAGGCAUACUCAUCUCCAAUGUGAUUUUCAUGAACUCCCCCUUCUGGAACAUCCACCCGGUGUAUUGCAGCAAUGUUGUUGUUCGAUAUGUUACAAUACUGGCCCCUGCUGAUUCUCCCAACACCGACGGAAUUGAUCCAGAUUCAAGCUCCCAUGUCUGCAUAGAGGACUCUUAUAUCUCCACGGGGGAUGACCUCGUGUCUGUGAAGAGCGGGUGGGAUGAGUAUGGCAUUGCUUACGGGCGGCCUAGCCAUGGCAUUACCAUUCGACGAGUAACAGGGUCAUCGCCAUUCUCUGGAAUUUCAGUUGGGAGCGAAACCUCGGGUGGCAUAGUAGAUGUCUUGGCCGAGCACAUAAACCUUUACAACAUUGGUGUCGGGAUCUUUAUAAAAACAAACAUUGGCCGGGGAGGAAUCAUCAGAAACAUCACCGUCUCCAACGUCUACAUGGAAAACGCAAGAACAGGUAUAAAGAUUGCAGGCGAUGUCGGGGACCAUCCAGACAACAGAUUCAACCCAAACGCUCUCCCAAUCGUCAAUGGCAUCAAAAUCCAGGACGUGUGGGGCGAAAAGGUUUUGCAGCCCGGUUACAUACGCGGUCUCAAGAAAUCCCCUUUCACUCAUAUUUGCCUGUCCAACAUCCACCUCAAUGGCGCCCCCUCGCCUCGAAAUCCUCCAUGGAAGUGCUCGGAUGUUCACGGUGCUGCAAUACAGGUUAGCCCAUGGCCCUGCUCAGAACUAGCAACCAACCAUAGAUAUGGUGCAUGCUCCGUCACUCUCUAACCCGCAAAAGCUGAUAGUUAGACUGCACAUUUAUUAUUGUAUUCAAUAUUCACUCGAACUUUAUGUCAUUGGUUGAACUAAAUUAUGGUAUAUAUUAACACAUUUUCACUUUCAUCAUUAACAAAA